GUCAAUACCAGAUGAAUCAAUGUACCAACAUUCGCAAAUGAAUAUUGAUGGGUCUUCGAGAUCCACGACACGGAGAUACAACAAGACUGGUCGAUAUUCUAAAAAACGAUCACAACAAGAUGAUGUACAAUAUCAAUAUCAACAAUACCAUUCUUCAACACCUCAGACUCCUUAUUACAGUAAUAUCACCCCAGCAUCGCAAUAUUAUUCUAAUGGAGCGAAUGCGUCCCGUUCAAUGAUGUCACGUGGUAUUAAAAGAACGUUCCACUCAACAGGAAUUCAACGAACACCUGAGGAAAUUAAUCAUCAUGCAAAUGUAACUGCAAUAAAGAAUGAUCAGAUCGCUGUUUAUAACCCUGAUUAUAAGACACCAUUCCGAUCUUACCAAGAUGCUGUUGCAAGGCUUUUACCAUAUAACAUCUUUGAUUAUCCGGACGAUGAUUUUAAAGGCAAUUAUCAGACAUCAGAUUUGGACGCAACUAAACUUGCUUUGAAAUUUUAUAAAAAGCGGAAAGUGAUAUUUGAUAAAUAUAAUGACCUUAUCAAAAAAGAAGCCGAA